AUGGCUCUCUCAGAAAAACACUCGCGUGAGUCUCUGAUCCCUAGCUUCCUCUACAGCUCAUCAUCGUCCACCAAAACUCUAGCGCUGGAGAAGAUGCUCCACGCCAGGCCUAGCGGCUUCACCUCCAAUGUGAACGCCGAAGGAGCGUCGGCCAGGAAGGGCCUGGUCAUUCCGUCGCCGAGCGAGCCCUCCAAGAAGAUCGAGAUGUACUCGCCUUCCUUCUACGCUGCCUGUACUUUUGGAGGGAUCCUCAGCUGUGGUCUCACUCACACGGCCGUCACUCCUCUUGACCUCGUCAAAUGCAAUAUGCAGAUUGACCCAGCAAAGUACAAAAGCAUAUCAUCUGGUUUUGGAGUUCUACUCAAGGAGCAGGGCGUCAAGGGCUUCUUCAGGGGAUGGGUGCCUACCCUCCUCGGUUACAGUGCUCAGGGUGCCUGCAAGUUUGGAUUCUAUGAAUUUUUCAAGAAGUACUACUCUGACCUUGCUGGACCAGAGUUUUCUGCCAAGUACAAAACCUUAAUCUACCUUGCUGGUUCUGCAUCUGCUGAGGUAAUUGCAGAUGUUGCACUUUGCCCCUUUGAAGCAGUCAAGGUCCGGGUACAAACUCAACCUGGAUUUGCUAGAGGUUUGUCAGAUGGACUUCCUAAGUUUGUCAAGUCUGAAGGUGCUCUUGGGUUGUACAAGGGUAUUGUUCCUCUAUGGGGUCGUCAAAUUCCAUACACAAUGAUGAAGUUUGCCUCCUUCGAGACCAUUGUGGAGAUGCUCUAUAAAUAUGCCAUCCCUAGACCUAAGGACCAGUGCUCCAAAUCUUUGCAGCUUGGUGUGAGUUUUGCUGGAGGAUACGUGGCUGGUGUUUUCUGUGCUAUUGUUUCUCAUCCUGCUGACAAUCUUGUGUCUUUUCUCAACAAUGCCAAAGGAGCGACAGUUGGUGAUGCUGUGAAGAAGAUGGGGUUGGUCGGUCUCUUUACCCGUGGGCUUCCUCUUCGUAUUGUCAUGAUUGGAACUCUUACUGGAGCUCAGUGGGGAAUCUAUGAUGCAUUCAAAGUUUUUGUCGGGCUGCCAACAACUGGUGGUGCCCCUCCUCCUGUUUCUGCUGCCACAGAGCUUGCUAAGGUGUAA